UGUUUAUAGCCCCAAUUUCCACCUCAUCAUCUCUUUGAAAACAUCCCAAUCUCUCUCUCUCUCUCUCUCUCUCUCUCUCCUCUGAGCUCUGAAAUGCUCGUGUCUGCUCCUCUUCAGCCUCUCUAAAUCUCCAUCUUCGCCUGUCUUUGACUCCGCGUCGGUUCUCGCGCACCGUCUUCGUAUCCGUCUCCGUUGCGCUCGCCGUGCUCCGUCCCUUCGGCGGUGCGAUUUUGACCGGAAGUCAGCUGGGUUUAGCUUCCUUCUCCGGGGGGUUUGGGAGUUUCGAUUUUUGGGAUUCGAGGCUUCGAUAUGGACGGAGGACAGUACAACCCUAGGACUGUGGAGGAGGUUUUCAGGGACUUCAAGGGUCGCAGAGCCGGCAUGAUCAAAGCAUUGACCACUGAUGUUGAAGAAUUCUACCAGCAGUGCGAUCCCGAACAUCCUAAUGGUGGGAACAAAAGGCUCCACUAAUGUUCUUGUUGUUGAUGUUGCUGGCGCACCCUUGUUGAUACACAUAAAUGAAGAAGGAAAACCUUUGUCUCUAUGGGUUCCCCAAUGAGCUGUGGGAAGUUAAUUUGCCAGCGGAAGAAGUGCCGCCGGAGCUCCCUGAGCCUGCUCUGGGUAUUAAUUUUGCUAGGGAUGGCAUGCAGGAAAAGGACUGGUUAUCUUUGGUUGCUGUGCACAGCGAUGCUUGGUUACUUGCUGUGGCUUUCUAUUUUGGUGCCAGAUUUGGCUUUGACAAAACUGACAGAAAACGUCUGUUUAAUAUGAUUAACGAACUUCCAACCAUAUUUGAAGUCGUGACUGGAACUGCAAAGAAACAGUCAAAGGAGAAGUCAUCUGUUUCAAAUAGCAGCACAAAAUCCAAAUCAAGCUCAAAAGGGCAGAGAGCGCCAGAAUCCGCAAAGUAUUCAAAGCCGGUGCAGGCAAAGGAUGAGGAGGAGGUUGUGGACGAGGAAGAUGAGGAGGAGCAUGGGGAUACCUUGUGUGGGGCAUGCGGAGAGAAUUAUGCCGCAGACGAGUUUUGGAUAUGUUGCGACGUGUGUGAGAAGUGGUUCCAUGGGAAGUGCGUGAAAAUUACUCCCGCCAGGGCUGAGCACAUCAAGCAAUACAAGUGCCCUUCGUGCAGCAACAAGAGAGCACGGCCUUGACACGAUGGAUAUUGUAUGGGAUCUUUCACAACGUCGUGUCAAUUCGGGCAAGGCUAACUGUUUAGGGGUUUUACGUUUGUGUCCUGUUGCAUUGGAUACUCCGGCCUCGAAUCUCGUCAUGUUGGAUAUGUUUAUAUAUGGCAAUUCACAGGCCUCAUCUGUUUAUUACGUUGCAUGUGUAGUAGUUUCGACUAUAUUUGAGUUAUUUGGCUUUAGUGAUAGCCUUCGUUUA